UUUAGCGUACUCUGCCAGGUACAGAUUUUUCCCGCAAAAACCACGCAUCUUGGAGCUCCAUAAUCGCUUCAAGAGAGCAAACCUGCUCCAAAAGUUUAGUAUUGGAGCAACACCCCCCCUUGUGUUUACUCGCGUUUAUCAUACAUCUGUGGAAGUUCAUUGUCCGUAACGGUGUUGUUCCUUGUGUAUUACACACUGGUGGGUACAUCGAUGAUAAAUAAUAAGCCAAGUGAAGAAUAAAGCCCGUAUUAGUUGGGCAAGUGAUUUUUUUAUUACGUUUAUCUGGCCCAGGAGUUCUUGUGUGUUUCUCGAGUCGAAGGCUCUGCAUUUAUUAUGAGCGAAGCGAAAACGAGCGUUGAUAAUUGCAGUGAUACGACUACGACGACGACGACGACGACGACGACAAUGGGUGACUCCGACGUCGCUGACGCAUUUGGCUGCAGCAGAAGCAGCGCUGCUCUGGUUAACCAAAUCCGAUCAGCCCCGACCGAGCGCUACGCCACUCACUACAACAUGAAUCAUGGAAAGCGGGGCCUGGCCAUCAUAUUCAACCACGAGUUUUUCAACGUCAGCCACCUGAAGCCGCGUUGUGGCACAAACAUCGACUGCGAGAAUCUAACGAAUACCCUUAAGUCGCUCGGCUUCGAUGUCAACGAUUUUCACAACUACACCCACAAGGACAUACAUAAAUAUCUCGAAAAAGUAUCCGAGAUGGAUCACUCCCAACAUGACUGCCUCAUAGUAGCGGUGCUCAGUCAUGGUGAGCUGGGCUUGCUGUAUGCCCAUGACAGCCCCUACAAGGCUGACUCGAUCUGGUCAUACUUUACGUCCGACAGAUGCCCCACGCUCGCCGGCAAGCCUAAACUUUUCUUCAUCCAGGCCUGCCAGGGCGACAGGCUUGACGGCGGUAUCACGCUCAAAGAGCGCACGGAGACCGACGGCCUGUCGCCCACGGUGACCUUCCGCAUUCCUACCCACGCAGAUUUUCUAAUAGCUUACUCCACGGUGCCGGGCUUUUACUCCUGGAGGAACACGACCCGGGGCUCCUGGUUCAUGCAAGCGCUUUGCCUUGAGCUCAAAGAGAACGGUACCCGAUACGACAUUCUGACUCUUCUCACGUUCGUCUGUCAGCGAGUAGCUAUCGAUUUCGAGUCCAACACCCCGGACAAUGUCACUAUGCAUCAACAGAAACAGAUACCCUGUAUCACCUCGAUGCUCACUCGUAUCUUAAAAUUCUCGCCCGUAAAGAACGGCACCUUCUAAGCCGAUCAAUUUUUUUUUUUUUUUUUUUUAUUCCAACAGAAAUAAUCUGAGCGAGGAGAUGAACAAGAAAAGUCAAUGCAGCCGCUGUCGCUGUCUUGGUGAAUGUAUUGUCGACCACACGGUUUCAUGACUUUCGAUCUUACUCUCAUUCCAAUAUUGUGACAAGGUUGCAUAAAUGUUUUAUGGAUAUCUCUGUGAUAUUUUAUAAACUUUUUUUUGAAUCCGCACAAAAUUAUUAAUCUUGACACUGUUAUCUAGAAACAAUGUAAAAUAUUUAAGCAAUCUUGUCAAAAUAUUUUUAAGAUUUAUUUGCAUAGACAAUUUUUUUUAGCAGUAAGAGAAAACAAUCUCAUGAAAAGUAAUUUAAGAACACUUUUAGUUUUUUGAAGUAGUACACUCAAUGAUUAUGAUUUAUACAACGUUGAACAAAAUUUGAACAAAAAAAGAAACUUUUGACAGAGUCGAUUUACCAAGAUCGAUUCGAAUUUUAGAAAUAAAAAAAGUGUCAUGUAACCAGUGCUAUGUUUCAUCAAAAACAUACGAAGAAAUGCCUUUCUACUUUUCUAAUACUUAUGAUGUUUGUGGGAACAAGCAGAAGUUUAAGCCAGAAUGUAUCGAAAACCCGCGAUAUUAUUGCGCGAUAGAUAAUCAGUAUGCAUUUAUUUGAUAAGCAUUUAUCUUAAGGGAAAGUGCAUUUACGUAUAUAUGUACAAUUUCAAAAUGAAUUUCAUAUUGUCAUUUUGUACUUCGUCCUUUUGACGAAACAAUAUUUUUGAAACUUUUAAAAAUGAUCUCAAUUCACGCAGCGUUCUUUUUUGUCAUUUCGUACUUUUUGCAUUACCUGUGAUGCAAUAUGUAUAUACAAAUGGGUCAUCUAUAAUUUCCCAAAUUGAAUUUCCAUCUUUUACCUUUAAAUUGCGUGUUUGUAGUUUGAAACUAAAAUUCUUACCUCAAAAUUCACACCAAGCUACGCCCCCCAUGCAAACCCUACUUUAAUUUUAUACAAAUUUUGAUUGUGUACUUCCUCCAACACUUUAAAGACUACAUUACUUGGCACGACUAGAGAAAUAUUAGGAAUUUUAUUAAGCAAAAAUAAAAAAAUAAAUGUUUUUCCUUAUUUUGUUUAUAUUUCUAAAUAUAAUUUUUUGUCGCUCGAAAAAGAAAGUUUAACUUGCAACGGAGUAGGUAUAAUCACAUAUUUUUUCAACUUCCGGAAUUUUUGAUGUAAAUAUCUUAGUUUUAAACUACAAAGAAAUAAUUUAGGGGAGCUAAUGGGUACCUUGAUUUAUACAUAUUGCAUACUCGUGAGUCUACAAAGUUGCGAACUUUCGUUGCAAUUUCGAGUGUUAGAGCCAUUUCAAGUGUUCAGAAAAAAAGAUUGUGUACGCAAACGCUGUGUAUUGAUUCAUGUGUAAAGUAAUAAUGGCUAGUCGAUUCGUAAUAAUUGAGGUAAUUUUUCAUAUAGAAUGUAUUUCCAAUUGUGAUACGUGAUCUUUUAAAAAAAAAAAAAAAAUUUCCGUCGAAAAGUCGACUUUUGACAUAUUAUAUAACAUUGCUAUUGUGCCUAAAAGUAAUUUGUUUAAUGGAUGUCAAAAUAAUUGUAGCAGCAUAUAUAACUCAAAAAUUGUCUUUCACUUUUGACAAGAUGGGUAUUCAAUGAGCUGUAUACAUAUAUUUUUUUGAAUACGUAUCUAUGUACUCGUGUCUUGGAAAAAUACUGUUUGUACAAUGAUUUGGAAAAUA